UCAGUUAACCCCCCUCGUCCUAUUAAGGUGCUUGCCACAUACGGACUGAGACAUACACAUUGAAAUAUGAGAUCCUAUUAGUCCAUUAGACCAUCCAUCCCGCAUCUCUCUCCCAACCUCUCCAGCUCACGAUCAAGCCAAUGAUCUCUUAUCCAUUCACACAUGUAGCUCUGGACCCUAGAACAUAGUUCAUGCUUCCUUAUUAGCAAUCUUAACCCUACAUAUGAUCUAUCUUAGAAUACCACCCACCUUCCCCUCUCUCUAGCUACCCGCACACGUUUAGAUGAAAUCUAUCCCGACAGCGUAAACUGUUAGUCGCUAAUAUUUUUUCGGGGCUUCUAGCAAUGGAACUGCCAAUGCUCGUAUAGUAGUAGUAUCGUGCCGGUUUUUCGGCCUUGUCUACUCAUAACACUAUGGGGAAUUCACCUUCCGCUGAAGCGUCACGGAAGGGUCAACGGACAGCUCAGAAGUUGUCUAAACCUAAGACAGGCAAUCCUACCGCAGCUGGCCUGUUGAGUACUACUGGCCUUUCGAGUUCCAUACGUCCUUCACCCGGAGCGAGACGCCUUUCACUUCCCUAUGCUCCCUCACCCACGACGGCAUCUCCUGCGAUUUCCGAGGCGGUUCCCACGGUUCCCGCGGUUCCAGAGGUUACAGAGGUUACAGAAAAUACAGAAAAGGUGUCGGCAGAAAAGAAAGGGCUAGAGUUGGGCUCUCGUAUAUCAAGAAAGCUUUUCCGUUCCAACACAUUUAGAGAAUUCACUAGUCGCCGGAAAAGAAGCGAAAGCGUCGAUGUGCCGAGUUCUCAGCAAGAACGUUGGUCUAGUACGACAAGUUCGCUAAGAAAUGGGCCCGAGGAUGGAUAUGGCUAUAACCAAGCUCCCAUUCAAGGGAGCUUGUCGAUGAACGUAUCGCGAACGUCGUCUCAUUAUGAUCUUGGAUCAUACGAAGCCAAACGAUUAUUAAAUCUCGUCGAAGCACCGUCCUACGAAACCAACUCCGUAGUUUCGGGGGGCCAUAUGUACAUAUCAGAAUCGGUUCACGGCGAUUUUAGAGGUCGACGACCAUCAAUUCCCGAGACUACUCCAGAAAUGACUAGGGCUAAUUCUGAGAUAUCUUUGUAUACGCCGAUGCGAAGAAAGUCUUUGAUGACCCCAGGCAUUGCUACCCGCGAGAUACCGACGGAUCCAGGUCCUUCAAGGCCGAGGGUGAGGCACAGUCUCCCCUCUACUCCGGCGCGUCGGGGUUCUGUGGAGUCAUUGUGCGACGAGGCGGCUCGCUUUCCUCCUCUAUCAAUUGACCCGAGUCUAAUACCCCGCGCUCUCACUCCCUGUGAAGCAGAAUAUAAGCAAACGGGCGCUUUUAAGCUCGGCACCCUGCGAAUUACAAAUGGCAGUCCAGCACGCAGUCCAGCUCGCAAUCCCGAUGAAGAUAUGAAAUUCAUGAGCUCUGAAAUGCCGUUGGUGGGUGAACCGACGGUCGAUUACUUUGAACCAAAGAAAUUAUCGCCAACUAGCAACAUAAAACCAGAUAUUUCGAACAUAACCUUGAAGAAAGCUGAUGCUCAAGAUACCAAUGGCUCUCCAGGCCCGUCCCGAAGUUCUCUUCCCGAUGCACUGGUGUCUCCGAGUUUCAUUGAAUCUCAGGAGCCUACCUACUUUCUACCCGAGCGUCAAUCCAGUCCGCCAUCACAUGAUGAACAGCUAGAAAUCCCUCAGGUGCAAGUAACAAGCAAGCAUACAGCUAUGGAAGAUGAGCUGUUCGAGGAUGAUCAAAAUGAGUAUUCAUCUAUCGAAAUUUUAGAUGUGCGGGUAGAUACAAACGCGAAAUCUUUACCUCGUCCGAAAUUGACAUCCGAAAAGAGAGGUUCGAGAGAAGUCAUUAGAGCAGAUAGCGGUAUUGCAAGCCCAGCGUCAGAAUACUCACAUGCGCCUUUGUCUAAGGCAGACUCGGGCUACAGCUCUAGUAUUUCUCUCCGCUCAUUCUCUUCAAAACCAUCGGCUCUUGAAAAGGACCGUUCUUCGGAGAAGGAGGUUGAAACCCUGAACAAUUCCAAUAUGAAACAAGGCGAAGAUGUUGGAGAACUAAAGGCUGUAACUCCUACGGCUGUGAUAGUUACUACCGUCGUUCCCAAGCUACCUGUCGACGAAACUGCUCCUCCACCUGUUCCUGUGAAAGAUCCACAUCUUUUAGCUCUCGCUAGCCCCAGAGGAACCAGUGGCAUGUUACCUUCCGCCCAGAAAAGCCCUACGUCACCAGUUAUAUCGAAGCACAGCCGAGCGCAGGAAAGAAUUAUAUCACCAAGUUAUACCCAAAUUCAAGCCAGUCGCAAUUUGAAAAUACACCGAGCAAAUUUGCAUAGUUCGAGCACGUCUAACUCUUCUUUAAGAAUUGGUACUGGUAUACGCAAACCUGGUAAAUUUCAGAGAUUUUUAAGUGGAAGUCGAGCACCGCUCACUGCUCAUAGCACGCAUCCUACUGAGUACGCAAGCGUGCCUGCUGUCUCUAAGGACUUGCAAGUGAGACUUCAGACUCACACAGGAUCGAUGCCAAUGUCGUUACGGAGACUCACUUUAAAGUCUGCGGCUAGCAAGGAAACGCUCGGGACCAUUCUCAGCGUGGGAAGCGCGGAACUUCUUCAGGAUGAUGAUAUGUCUCCAAAAAGCUCGAGUGGUCAACUAUGGACUUCGGAUCGAAUUCAAAGAAAGCCGAUUUCAAUGAGAUCGUCAAUAUCACACUCUACCUCAAUAACCGCGAAAAAACCGAUUCCUCGGAAGCCUGUACCUAUUCGAACCAAUGAUUAUGCCUUGGCCGGGGAGGUUGAUAAGUCUCCGAAAGACGUUGAUGAAAGCUCUGGAGAGAAAAAUAUAGUUGGAACUAUCCCAGCUCAUGUCACCGGCGGGGAUAUAGAGACCGAUGAUUCUAACCAACUUGUUAUGGAAGACAACCAAACAAGAUUUUCUGUACCUGUUCCUCGACUGGCAAAAUCAAACGCUACAGCAAGCCACGUGGAAAAGGAUUUAGAGACUAAUUCUAUCGGUACCGAACGUGUUUACGAAUUUGCUCGAGGCGAAUCGCACUCACUCACAUCCCUUGAAAUCCCAACAGUUGUGUCGAAUAUCAAGUUCUCUAAAAGCCCCCCUCCUGUAAGUAUGAGGACCCGGAAUAUGAAAUCUCGACGUUUCUCCGCACCUAUUAGACCCCAGUCAACUCCACCUGAGAUGAGGUGGCCAGGACGAUUCUCGUAUCCUCGCAGGGAAAGCCAAGAAGGCAAUGGAAGAGCUCCCGAAUCUAUUGGUACUUUUACGUCUGAUCAUACUGGCAUACCUAGGAGUUACAGCCAGGAUGACUUUCGUACUUUUAAUCCAGCACAAUAUGGCAGAGAGUCUUCUUCUAUAUCCAUAGCGACGAACCUCCGAACCAUGAGCUUGAGAUCCGAUGUUAGAAAGAUCCAAGUGCCAAAUUGGAACGUUCAAGCAGAUCACGGACCCACCCUCUCCCGACCGUCGUCGUCCGAUCAUAUCCGCCGAGGUUCACUCGGUAGUCAGUCUAGUCAGCAAGGCUCAGCAACCAUAGAGCCCAGUUUCUUUCAGCAGAACCAAUAUUUACAUCCUAACCCGCCAUCAUUACAUCGUCGGUCCAGUUAUGACGAGUAUAACCUUUUACCUCACGAUAACUACGUUCGAGAUAAUGGCCCCUAUCCAUCAAUGCCUCGCAAUGGACGAGCAUUUGUUUCCGACCCACGCAGUGGUCGAUCGAUGUCGAUGCCGCAGCAGUGGGAUCAAAAACUUGAUCAGCCUGCCCGUUACCCUCCCUACGCUUCCCAUCAUCAACGACAUCGGAGCUUGGACCAAUACGGGAAUCCUAUGCCUUACCGAGUUCUCCAUUCUUAUAAUUCCCCUGCCUACCGCAACGUCCCAAUCUGGAGAUGAAUUGCAUAUUCAUCUGUCAUAUGAGGAACUUCCCUCAACUUCUCCUAUAACUCUGUAUGAGACGUUUGUCUCCUUCGAUAUUUUCGAACUUUGCUCGUGAUAUCCUGCAUCUUCGGCGUUUUGAUUUGUGGCCAUACACACCGGGUCAUUCCAAGGUAAAACAGUUUUUGACAUUUCAAUCAUUAUUAAAAAGCAUUUCCUUGGUCACUCAGAAGGAUGAACUGGUUUAGGGGAGAGAUCUGCGGCACUUUGAGACGAUGUUGACUUUGAUUCUGGAUGAUGGCGGAUAGCAUUUUAUGACACUAGACAACAGUCACGACUAAGGUUACGGGGAUUUGCUUCUUACAGAUGGAAAAUGAUACCACUUAUUUGAUGGACGUACACUUUAUACCCAUACCCAUUCGGAAACAAGGCUGCUUUUUUUUUCUGUCUGGACGGCAUGAUUGCACAAGCAUACGACUAGCUGUUGCUAGAACUGUGUACAUAUAGCAUAGCAACGAGGAACAUAUCAAAUGCAAGAUGAUUAUGCAAGUACUUAGCCGGUUGAGAGGUCAUGGUCUAGCGUCGUAGAUUGUCAUGGGGACGUUGAUUGUGUGAAGUUGACGAGGUUUAAGUGAUAGGGCUAGUUUCAUCGACAGAGCGCGGCUAAAUGAAGAGAUAUAGUAAGUAGGUGGGUAGGUAGGUGAACG